GAGAGAGUCUGUACGGCUUAAGAGAAAACCCGUCAGUAGGACAGAUAUGUGCCCUCUGUCCUCCACCCUUUCUCGUCUUUCUUCAGCCACCUCUGCUGCCGUCUCACCCUGGGAUCCUUCACCUUCUGGUCCUCUGGGAACAGCAGACACCUCAGGCAGACGGCUGGUUGGAAACUGAACUUCAAUGUCAGCAAAAGAUGAGAAUAACCCCGGUGACAAACAAGAAGACAUUGUGCCAGUGAAUGAAGUAUGGCCAGAGGUGGAGAGGGCGGAGCACUUGGCUCGUGGCGCCGCCCUAAAAUGGGCCUCAGUUGUUUUCUGUAGGCCUGAACAUCUGGAGUGUUUGAACCAAUACAGAAAGCGAGAAAGCCAAAGGACCGCCUCCAUACACAGCAGACUCAAGUCCAUGGUCCAGUCGUACCUGGAGGGGGUGGGCUGGGGUUUGGAACAGCUCAGAGAGGCCAGGGCCGACCUGAAGGAGGCGUCGCACACUUUGAGGACAGCAACAGUGGAGUUUGACCAGAACACAGACGGGGAUAAGUGUCUGCAGAGGCUGAGGGAGCUGUCAGUCGAUCAUCGCCAGCUCCUCGCCGCCGUCAGCAACCUACCACGACUUUACUCAGUGCGGAGCAUGUUGUUGGAGACUGAACGUCUGGUGGAGUCUCGCCGGCUUCUGGAGGCUCACGCACAACUGAUGGAUCUGGAACGCUGGCAGGACGACAUCCUAUGGCAGCUACGCGGGGCUGCUGGAAGUUCACUUAGCAUCGAGGAUGACGAUCUGGUGACCAAAUACUUCUCUGGUGUGGGGAAGCUGGUGGAAGCUCUUGGUAAGGAGCUGUGGAUGGUGGUGAGCAGUGCUCUCUCUGUGGCCCGGCAGAACCCCACUCCAUUCGUUUCGGCUGUGAGGAUCGUGGAACGUGAGGAGGCCUUGGACCAAGCACUGUUAGAAGAGAGGGCCAGGGGCGGUGGCAACAUCAGGCCGCUGCCUUCUGGACGACCACGCUGCUGGAGAGCACGCUUCUUCAAGGUUUUAGAAGAGGCCGUUUCUGCGCGGUUUCGCAGUGUGUCCUACCUCCACACUCGAGGUCCAGGUCUGGCCGGUCACCUCUCUGCUCUUCAGCAUGCCAUCAUGACCGACCUGGAUACAGUACGCCACCUGCUGGAGAACUGUGUCCCGCCACACUACCAGUUAACAAGAGCCUACCUGAGGGCAAGCCACUGCUGUUUGCAUACACACUUGGCACAGGUCUGCAGCUGGGACCUGGAAAGUGGUGAAAUCUUUGCUGUGCUCAACUGGGUGCUGCACGUCUACAACAGCCCAGACAUGAUGGGUCAUCCAGAACUGGAAACCGAACUGGAGAAGGAAGCGUUGGGACCGCUUAUCUCCACUGAAGGACUGGAGGAGCUGCACAAUAAAUAUGUGCAGAGUGUCCGGAAAAGUGUGUCAGAGUGGAUGCACAAAGCUUUACAAGUCGAGCUGCAAGACUGGCAACGAGACCAGGAGCCCGACACCGACCACGAAGGUUAUUACCAAACCAGCUUACCCACCAUUAUUACACAGAUGCUAGAGGAGAAUGCUAGAGUGGCACUGAUGAUUGGUGAAUCCCUACGAGACCAGACUAUCCAGAUGGGACUAUAUGAGAUGGAGAACCUGUUGAACAAGUUUCGAGAAGCUCUGGUGACAUUUGGGAAGGAGCACCACAGAGAUCUGAGCAGCAACAAAAAGAAGUUCUACCUCCACUAUCUGCUGGCCUCCAUCAGCAACUGCAUCACACUCAAAAAAUCCACAGAGAGCCUGCAGCAGCAACAGUCAUCCCAAACAGCGGGCCAGUUCUCAAGGACUCCUCCCAACCCGCUGGCAGCUUUGGACCGGGCGGUGAGACGGGCGUGCCACCUGGUGAUGGAUCAGCUCCUGCUGGACCUUCAACCUUUCCUGUCACACCUCCUGACUCGACCCUGGCUGGUUCAAAAAGACCCAACGCCCAAACUCUGCCGGGUGCUCGAGCACCACCUGGAGAUGUACGGCCGUGUACGCCCCCCCUGCCGGCAGUGUCUGCAGGAGGAGGCCCAGUGGCUCAUAGUGGUGGAGUACGUCCGGGCUCUGAUGCAGAAGAAGCUGGUGUGUCGCAGCCCUGAGGAGAGGAGGCAGCUGGCCCAACAGAUGGUCCAGGACCAUCAUCAGUUCAAAGACGUCUUCCACAGCCUGGACAGCGACGUGUUGGUAUCUGAGACGAAUCCUUGGGCUUUACCACUAAUUCUGGCCGACUUCAUCCGACUCAGCGACCCCAGCAUGCUCACUCUGGAAGUGUCCGGACUAGCAUCAAAAUACCCCGACAUCGGCGAAGAGCAUGUGUGUGUACUGAUGGACAUCCGUGGUGACGUCUCCAGGGAUCUACGAGGGACUGUUCUGGAACUGGUGGAACAGAGUGCUCCCCCUCUGCCAGCAGGAUACCGGCCUAUAUUUACUGACAUCUUAGUGCCUCCUUCCACCAUGGCCUUUUGUCUGCCCACUGCCAAGUGUGCAUGACGUCUCAGGACAAAAACAUUUCUGUGUUGACAGUAAAUCUUGAUCUUCUCAGAUGGACACUGAAGUUGGCCUUCCUUUAACUGCUUGCUGCAUUUUAAAGUGCAGUGUUCAAGCUGCUGAAAAAUCUAGCUACAUCCGUUAUAUUUAAGCCUGUGUUAAGUUUUUGGUGGCUUAAUUAUGCCACUUUUUGUUUUUAACCUUUGCUGACUCUGGGAAAGACAACAAAGCACAGCCACAUGUAGCAAAGAAAUCCAGAUUGAAACAUGUUACUACUAUCUUGGCUAGCGGGGAUUCCCCCUGACGUGGUAGAGAAUUUGCCUCCUGAGCAAGGAGUCUGGAGUGCAAAUCCCACCUGCAGUUACAGAGAUAUGUAACUCAUAAAAUUGUAUUGUUAAAUUGUAUAAAUGUAGGUACAGUUGUAACUGUUAAGGUGCAUCCAGAAAGUAUUCACAGCGCUUUACUUUUUCCACAUUUUAUGUUUUAGCCUGAAUUGAAAAUGGAGUAAAUUCAUUUUUUCCCCUCAAAAUACUACUCACAA